AUGUCGGGGCCGCCCUCACCAAUGUCUCCCAGACACCGCCGGAAUCGUUCGAGCCUGGACAUGUCACCGAGUAUCAACAGAAUGAGUGAGAACGGUUAUUUCUACCCGCAGACGCCUCAGUCCCCCCGCCCACUAUCGCCAGAGACUCCCCGACAGCGGAAUUCUCAGAUUUUGAGCGGUGACCGACGCAUGUCCGAGGAUUACAUGGGAACGGUUGAUUCGGGUGGUGGUUUGGGGAAUUUGGCAGACGAACUCGCCGAUGCUUGGGGUGAUGGAGAAGGCUACGAGGAUGCUUCUGGGUUCGAGGCCAACGGCCAAGCCGAGAAUAUGGAAGACUUUCAUAAAGAUGAGGAUACAUCAGGACAAGGCACGCCUCGCGAACCGAUGUCCCCAGAUCAAGGAAAUGGCCUACAACCGCCCCGAGCACGAGCAAGACAGACUCAGAGCCGCCAUCGACGUAACGAAUCCCAGUACGAUGGAUCUGACUAUGGGAAUGACUCGGAUUUCGACGAACUAGGCGAACUUUCGCCAAAUCUGGAGAGGCGAAUGGCAGACAUUGAGAGCCUAGCUCGGCGAGGAAUCGAAGAGAAUGGCAGUUCAACAGAUCAGAUCAUCAACCGUUUCAUUGAAAGCCUUCGGGAUCUUGGUGCGCAAAGUGCCAUCGAGAAUGGUGCUGCAAGGCUUAUUACUGCUCACACUUCCAUCACCUCGCAUCUCACACACCAGACCCGAGCACUGCAGACGUUAAUCCACCCUCUUCUUUUCUCCCCUUUCCCGCUACUUUCUACCGAAUCCAUUGACGAACUCAUCCCACUGAUCGACGACGGACUUAUUCCGAACCUACCUGUACCUUUCCAACCACCGACACAUGGUUCACUUAGACCAGACUCUCCUUCCUCAACAAAAUCCACGCAAAGCCAACUCGCAGCUGUUGAUCCGCUACUAUCGCUACAGGCUCUUCUCAGCCAAACGUCCGACCUCACGCUAACGCUUCGAACAUUAAGUGACACUUUACAUGAAUCACGGCAACUGACGUCGACGGCCUCUCGUCGACUCAGGUCCGCGCGCGAGAUUGUUGCUGAGAUCAGGCGCGAGGAAGAAGAUCGUGAAGAAGGCCACCGCUGGAUAGAAAGUGGCCAGUGGGACCGCAAAUUGAAAGAGCGCGAAGCAGGUCGAGUUUGUGGCGAUGUCGUUAGUGGCUUCGAAGCAGUAUGCGGCGAAUGGAGAAUGAAACUCUUCGGUGCUGCCGGUACUACUGCUGCUGCUACAACUGGUGCUGCCGCAUAG